CAAGAAGGGCUGCCGCUCCGCCCUAAACAAAACGAAAGCCCUUUGCUUAGGGAAAGACGGUGCCUUUUCUUGCAGCUUUAUGAAUGAAACUGACAGACAGCUCGGAGUAACGUUCCUGCCGUGAAACUAACAAGCUGAUGCACACACAAAACAAACAGCACCGGGAACUGCUGCUCUGACUGAACUGGGUGUUGGUGCUCCCUUCACAUGGACUCUUUCCCUACAUUUCUGAAACUGCAUCGAUUUCCAGCCAUGAGAAAGCGAAGCAAAGGACUGGGGUUUCUUGUCAUGUGCCUCUCUGGCUAAAACUGUGGAAACAAACAAGCAAAUAAAAAAAAAAAAGCUGGGAAGGAAGAAAAAUAAAAGAAAGAAAAAAUCAUCUACGACUGGAUCCCUGGAAGAUCCUUCGUCCUUCUACUUCCCUUAGAGAACGUGGAUGCUGCAAUAAGUCUCUUGGCUAUGGGAUCAUAUUUGGUUUAUCACAGCCUGGGUUUGAUCCUCUGCUGCUCGGUGUUGAGUUCUGUCUAUGCUCUGGUGGAUGCUGACGAUGUCAUCACCAAAGAGGAGCAGAUCUUCCUGCUGGUAAAAGCCAAGUCCAAGUGUGAGCGCCACCUGAAAGUCAAGAUGCACGAUGGUUUCUGUCUGCCCGAGUGGGACGGCAUUGGCUGCUGGCCCGAAGGCGUGCCGGGCAAAGUGGUGGCCAUGCCGUGUCCUGAGUACAUCUAUGACUUCAACCACAAAGGCCAUGCCUAUCGGCGGUGUGACGUGAAUGGGAGCUGGGAGCUGGUGCCAGGCAACAACCGCACCUGGGCGAAUUACAGCGAAUGCGCCAAGUUCCUCACCAACGAAACCAGGGAGACGGAGGUCUUUUAUCGCCUCUAUUUGAUUUAUACUGUUGGAUACUCCAUCUCUCUGGGAUCCCUGACAGUUGCUGUCCUUAUCUUGGGAUACUUCAGGCGUUUGCACUGCACAAGGAACUACAUCCACAUGCACCUGUUUGUCUCCUUCAUGCUGAGAGCGGUCAGCAUCUUUGUGAAGGACGCGGUCCUGUACUCCGGGUCGGCUCUGGAGGAGAUGGAGCAUCUGUCUGAAGAAGACCUCAUGUCCAUUACCGAGGCCCCUCCAGCGGAUAAGUCGCAGUUUAUGGGCUGUAAGGUCGUCGUCACCUUCUUCCUGUACUUCCUGGCGACCAAUUACUACUGGAUCCUGGUGGAAGGGCUCUAUCUCCACAGCCUCAUCUUCAUGGCCUUUUUCUCUGAGAAGAAGUAUCUUUGGGGCUUCACGCUGUUUGGCUGGGGACUCCCUGCUGUAAUUGUCACAGUGUGGGCCAGUGUGAGGGCCAAUCUAGCAGACACAGAGUGUUGGGACUUGAGUGCCAGCAAUUUACAAUGGAUAUUUCAGGUGCCCCUCCUGGUAGCUAUUGUGGUAAAUUUUAUUCUUUUUAUCAAUAUUAUCCGAGUCCUAGCAACCAAGCUACGGGAGACCAACGCAGGGAGGUGCGAUACGAGACAACAGUACAGGAAGCUGCUGAAAUCUACCCUUGUCCUUAUGCCUCUGUUUGGAGUUCACUAUAUAGUUUUCAUGGCUUUGCCAUAUACAGAGGUGUCAGGGAUUCUUUGGCAAGUUCAAAUGCACUAUGAAAUGCUGUUCAACUCUUUCCAGGGAUUUUUUGUUGCCAUCAUAUACUGUUUUUGCAAUGGAGAGGUUCAAGCCGAAAUAAAGAAGUCAUGGAGCAGGUGGACUUUAGCCCUUGACUUUAAAAGGAAAGCACGAAGUGGGAGCACGACCUAUAGCUAUGGACCCAUGGUCUCCCAUACCAGCAUCACUAAUGUAACCACCAGAGGGGCCCUAGCCCUACAUCUCAAUACGAGACUUGUACCGGGUGCCCUCAACGGACACCGAAAUUUGCCAGGCUAUGUCAAAAAUGGCUCAAUUUCUGAAAACUCCAUGCCUUCUUCUGGGCCAGAGCAGUACAACAAAGAAGAGGAGUACCUGAACGGCUCUGGACUUUAUGACGGAGACAGACCCACGGUACUUGUUGAAGAAGAAAGAGAGACAGUGAUGUAAAGAAAGAAGAAGAAGACAUUUCCCAGAGAGCGUUUAGUGGGCAAAAGAAUGCCAGGCCACAAAUCAGAUGCCAAGGGUUUUCAUACAGUUUCUCUGUUCUGUAGAACAAGAGGUCAAGUUAUAUGGGAAAAGUGGACCACAGAUGUGGCCAGCUGUUGAUCACACACAUUUACGUAGUGGUCUAGUCUUCAAGGUGUGAAUGAAGGCAGUCUUCUCCAGACCCACGGUCCUUGUGACCUGUUGAACAACGGGGAUAUUCAGAGUUUACAAGGGGAUGUACAAAUGAUACUCUGUAGUUUCGCCUCUCAGAGAGUGUCCACAGCACAAAGAUGCAGGGAAUUCAACCAAGUGAAACGAGACAGUCUGGUGAGGAAUGUGACACACCAUUUUCUUUCAGUGGUGCAAGCUACUCCAGGGUGUUGCCAUCACUGCUUGGUUGGGUUUGGUUUUCUCAUUCGUUUUAAAGAAGUCUAGCUGCCCUACAAUCACCCACACCAGACUGGCUGAGUCCCACUGGCCAUGUCUGCCAGUUCAAGAACACAGCACGGACAGCUCUGGUUUGAUGGUUUUGCCCCUUCGUUAUAAAACCCAACCCCUGGGGGUCAUUGUGUGCAAGUUCCCUGCCGGAGGGGCCUUAAUUCUGAUUCCUUGAUGAUGCAGCGUGCUUUUGUGAUAAAUGACUCCCAGCUACUGGAUGCGAGUGCCGAAUGGGCUUCCCGUUCUCCUACCCAGAGCCCAAGCGACAAGCGAGAGGCCAGUACAAUCCUAGGAUUAAAAUGCAAGUAUCGGAAUGUAAUGCAUUAGCUUGUCCAAUCUUAGAAAGAAGCCCAUUCUGUCUGCUUCUAAGUGGGUCGAGAUGGAAAGGAAAGUUUGCAGCUGCCUGGGUGUGUGUGUGUGCAUCCGUAAAGCCAACUCAAACCUUGUCUUUCUUUUCUUUUUGGAAUUUCAGGAAAAUUGACUUAAAAUCUUUAAAUUAUUUUUCGUUCUCACCUCUGCAUUUCCUGCUUCCUGUUGGGUCUGGGCAGGCCAAACUAUCCUGCGGGACUGUUGUAGCAGUAUUCCUAUCUCAGCCGGGAGCAGGAAGGAGUGGGAGCUGGAUGAGACAGCCUGUUCUCAUGAGAUGUACAGGCCAGUUUUACAGAGCCAAGGCAUUUGGGUACUUCGGAAUUCCAGACUUCUGGGUGCACUGCCGAACUUGCCAGACUUUUUGUGGUUUGACCAUCAAGAACACACACGCACACGUAGGGUGGGCCAUAUCCUCAGCUGGUGGAAAUGGUUGUACGGUUGUAGCUCCACUGAGGUCAUUGAAACUACCUAUUGAGAACGAGUAUCCGGACAUCACAGUGAUGGGCCAAAAAGGGAAAACUGUAAAGAUAGAGUCUGGGUGAAUGGCAGGGAAAAGGGAUCAGGGAUAUAUUUUCACAAUCUACCAUUUCCCUUGCUGGUGGAUUCUGUCGAUGUCCUGCUGUCACCAUGGAAGUAGGUGGUGGUGAUGUUCCCCCACACUGGUACUUUUAUCUGACUUGCCUGCUAAGCAGCAGUCAAGUGGUAAAAUCCAGGGGUUAGACCUUUGGUUGCUGAAAAUUGGCAUAGCUUCCUUCAAGCCAUUUCACACCAGCUGAGCUUAUUGCUUUGUGUCUCUGUAGAUGCCAUGAUUUAGAGCCACGAGGUGAUAAUGACAGAGCUGCCAUUCCAGUGUGCCAUUCCUCAGAGCCUCGCAGGGGGAAAUCUGGCUGAGGCAGGCUAAAUUCCUUCUUGGGCUCCCAAUGCCCCGAGGCGAGCUGUGGUUUCUCAAGCCUCGAUCUGGCCCAUAAUAGUACAUUUUGGAAGUGCUUCCGGUAUGUGAAUCGUGUUGGCCUCAUAUAGGAAUCAUCUGGCUGCAGUCAAAACAUAGUCAGAAAGAGAAGCUUGCUGACUGGUGAUUCAGAGACAUAUCCAUACCACCAGAGAUGGACUACUGAAUCCACUGCUCCUCUCGGGGCUUAAGAAGGCAUUCCCAAAGCUCCUAUCUUGAUGGAGUCUGGUGGGGGGACCCUGAGAAGAGCAGCUGGUAUCUUGACUCCACCUCAAGUGUCCUGUACCUGCCUUUGCACCACCUCUCAGGUUAAGACCUGAUCCAAAGCCUGACCAAGCCCAUGGAAAGCCUCCCAUUGACUUUGCUGGGCUUCAGAUCAGAACCUGGGAUGGGGAUUGUGGUGACCAAGAGGGCGCCCCCGCCCCAGGGCUCUGAAGGAACUGUACUCCCCAUUUCAGGUAUAAAUGAGGCAAAUGUUGGAAGGUGACAAUAUUUAUUUUUGAUGUUUGUUUUUGUUUUGUGUGGUUAGAAUAAGUCCAAAUAUUCUUAGCAAUUUACCACCGAAUGGCAGCUAUUGAAAUGUCAGGUCUCCAAAGGGUGAAUCGGUUUGGUUGUGGGGCUUUUUUUUUUUUAUAAAUACUAUGCAGAAAUUAAGUAAUCUUGCAAGGAAAAACGGAUGGACUGAGUGAAAGUCUGGCGCUGAGAGCAAGCCAACAUUGCAGAAAUCUGGGUCAGUCUGAAGCGCUCACUGCUUGCAUCUUAGCCAUAGAUGCUGGCAUAGCCUCUGGAGGGAAUUGGAAGAAGCGGAAGUUAUUGUCAGUCAGCCGUCAGCAUUGUACACUUGAGUUAUUUAGCAUCCCAUUCAGCCGAGCUGCCGAUGUGUAAUCCCAAUUCGAGAGAGAUGCAUUAAGUAUGCUGGCUCUGGCUUUCCAACCCUUGCAUGGACCCUUUCAAUCUGCCCCCCUCCAAUCCCCAAUGGACGUGUGUUGUGCUUAAAACCUACCAAGUGGACGCUCGACCCUUGUGACUGUGUCACUCAAAGAAAGAAAUUACUUAGCAACGUUUCCUUACUGGGGUGAUUCAUUAUUUACUCGUGUUUGCUGAAGACAGCUCGAGAUGAAUAACGUGUUUGGAAAUCAUUUAGCAAAGUUCAAGUAAUUAACAAGAGCUAUGAAAUUAAUUUAUUUGUAAAGACAACGUGUAUAAUAAAUAAAUGUAAAUUUGUCACUGGAUUUAAUGACCAGAACCUGCUGUCAGUUGCUAAACAUGACCAAAAAUUACCUGGAGAUGGGGAGGGAAAUCUAUUCUUGAUCAUUUCCAACACAAAUAGUAUGUAAUGAUAAGUAAUUUUUUCCCUUUGAGUGUUCAUAUGCAUGAACAGAAUUGCAUGUAAGAAUUAAGAACAUAAAAAAUGGAAUUUGUCUGGUUUUAAAGUGAAUCAUACUGUAUUGUUGUUGAAUCCUAUUCAAAUCCUACCUGUGCUGAAAGCAAGAGUUGCAGAGAACUGAUGGUGGAGUCUAUAGGGCCUGAUACAAUAACAAAUGAAGUCAGUGGAAGGUGCGCUUUGGAUGGAGCCUAUGGUAUCUUGCAAAGGGGUAAAGGAGAAGGAGCCUCCAAAAUUGAGCGUUGGGAUCAGCUUUGGAGAUAUCGCAGUUGGAUUAUGGGCCAAAUUCAUCUUUGGUGCCCAACUGCAAUGAGGGGCUGAAUUUGAGCCCGUACAAAUUGGGUUGAUAAUCUGGUGAAAAAGCUCGUUCUUCUCUGGCGUUUCUGGUGGCCACCACUAGCACCGCAAGAUUAUCCUUCCUUGCUCUGUCACCAUGUCUAGUUCGGGUCAGAUACUGGAUGCAAGGGGGGGAAAUACCUAAGGGCUUCAGAACCACAAAAAGAAAAAUAACCUUGUCUGGAGUUCAAUUCUAGGACGGUUCCAAGGGGGGACAGUUGUCCUCCUUUUUAUCUGUGCCAGCUUGCACUCCUCCCUGAUGUUUGCUCUGGGAUGUCUUAUUUGUCGGCGUAGCCAUGUUGAAAAAUGAUCUGCAGCAUUGAGACCAUUCAGGUUUCUCUUCAAUCUCGUGUCCAAAAGUUUUGCUCUUGUUUCCAGCUGGCUCCCUGCUCCCUUCCUUCCCAUCAACAGCCAUGCAAUCUGAGCUCUUCACUGUUUAAUCUACCUCCUCUCUGAAAUACAUAGAGAUGUUGCUCUUCCCCUUCCUUGUGAUUCUUGAAAGGCAGAAGGUGCGUUCUAUGUGGGUAAUCCCCUAUCGUCUCUGCUCUGUGUGCGUGGGUUUGUAGGCCCCCUAUAAACUUGUUUCAUCUUUGUUCCUGAGAGAUGGUGUCAUUUUUCACUGUUCCUCCACUUUGUCCCAUCUCGUCUUCCUGGAGUUCUUACUUUUUUAAGAGCCAGAUCUUGUAAUCCUUACACAGUCCAUUCUUGGGGCAGGUUUUGAUAGCAUUGAUGGAAAUUAGAAUUUCAAAAUUUUGGCAACAAUUUUCGAUUUAAAAAAAUAUUGGGGGGAAAAAUGGGAUGAAAUGUUUGUAAAAAUGCAUUCUCUUGUUUUCUGAUGAGAGAUGACUGAAAUAAUGUAAAUUUGGAAAUUUCAAAAAUUUAGGGGAAAAAUGUCUUUGUGGGUUCUUUUAACUAGCUGUAACUUCUGAUACCUUUACUCACAUUCAGUUACACCAAGAAUCAGUCAGUGGCUUCAACCAAUACUACUCAACGAGAGUAAAUGGGUCAGUCUGGCCCUUACUCGGCCAAAACUCCCCUUCAGAACAAUGGAAGUUUCUCCUGAGAAAGCACUGUGUGAAAACAGAACAAGCACUGUAUGAGUCAGCCCUUAGAGGGUAUGUUGGAAUAAUAUGAGAAGCCGUCCUGUGCACAACUCUGCCCUCUACUGGCUGGAGUGUUCAUGAGUUUCACAUCUGGUUGUGCCUGUAGCUUGUUGAGCAGAAGCCCAUGCUUUGGAACAAAAGCAUGUGAGGUGUAUGCCCAAUGCUACAGUUUAGCUCAUGACCUAGGUGUUUCAUGUGUGUUGUGGUCAUGGAGUCUGGAGGUUCUUGCACAGCUCAGUGAACUUAGCUCUGGGCUGCCUCUUUUUGUCCAUCUGGAUAAAUCAAGGUUUUUCCUUCCAUUGAGUUGCUUUCUUUAGUGCAUUAUGUGAAGACCAUGUUUCCAAUCACCUGGUAACUCUUUCAGGGUGGGCUGAUGGUGCCUGAUGAACUGAAAGUAGAUGCCAGGAAACAGAGUAUAUAAAUUAUUUGGUGCCUGAUUCUCCAUUGUCCUGUACUUUGUGUCAUCUUUGAUACCACUGCUCAGUUAGUGUAAAUGAGAAUAGAAUAUCAGGGUUGGAAGGGACCUCAGGAGGUCAUCUAGUCCAAUCCCCUGC